GCGGCGAACGUGGAAUUAACCCAAGUCAUUGGAGGCUCUGCUGAAGACAUAGACAUGGGAAAAUAAAUCUAUUUUCAUUCAAAUAUGUUACGUUGUACGUCAUUACAGUAUACACGUUGAAUGGUAGAAAAGAAACACUGCAUCCCUGUCUUCCACACUUUUUAAUCCAAGAAGUUCCACGUCGGUCUUCCACUCUUUUACAAGUAGUUCAGAUGAUUUCACCAUGUGGGGUGGCCGUGCAGUCUGAGGUGUCUUGCCACGGUUUGCGCGGCUCCCCCAAGUUGGAGGUUCGAGUCCUCCCUCAGACAUGGCUCCAAAACGAUUCUACAGGCGGACAGGAAUUUUGUUUAAUGAUGGUCUGUACGAGAUUACUCUUGAUCAAAGAAAACUGAAGACACCAAAAGGAAAUUUGUUCAAAGUAUCAAGCGAGCCACUAGCCUUGGCAGUUGCAGCAGAAUGGGAUGCACAGGCUCCAACAAUACAGCAGAGUUCAAUGCACUUGUCAGGUCUCUGCAGCACAGCAAUAGACAAUCCAGGAAACAUCACAAAAUAUGACUUAGUCCAAAGGAUAAUUAAUUUUUUGGAUACAGAUACUGUGCUGUGUUUCUCAAGUGAAGAAGAACUAUGUGCAUUGCAAGAACGAGAAUGGGGACCAAUCCUGAAGUGGUUUCGUCAGCGUUAUGAUGUUGAGGUAGAAGAAUCGAAGGAUAUAACUGGCCCCACAGUUAGCCUCAAAUCAAAACAAAAAAUUAUCUCUCAUCUUCUGUCUUACAAUAUGUGGGCUGUACAUGGAUUUGCUUUUGGUGUUGAAACAGUCAAAUCACUUAUAUUAACAUUGUGCUGUGUUGACCGUUAUAUUUCUGUAGAGAAAGCUGUUUUACUAUCAAGAUUGGAAGAAGAAUUUCAGACUGGUCACUGGGGAAGAGUGGAAUGGGCGCAUGACCUGAACCAACAACAAACACAGGCUCGAUUAGCUGCUGCUGUGCUGUUCAUUCAUUUAAACUCUUCGAGUGCAUUCAUCAGUACAAAAGGACUUUGAAUUUUGCAUAUAGUGAUUACUGGCAGUUCACCUCUGUGAACUGUUUUUAGACGUUUUCUUUCCUGUUUUUCCAUGCUGAAGAAAUUGUUGUGUAAAUUUAAAUGCAUAAUUUAAGUAUUAAAUUUUGUACUCAAUUUGAAUUUUGUCAUGUAUUUCACUGCUCCAAUGCGUACUGCGUGGACACCGACUGUGAUAAGUAAUGCCUUCAUGGCUGUUAUGCCAUAAUGAGUGAGAAUAAUUAAAUAAAUGAAGUGUAUAAUA